GGAGGCAAGGGGGCUGCCUGGCUCGGUGCGCGGGCUUGUAAACAGACAUGGCGGCGGUAUCCGCAGCCUCGGUGGCCUUAAGCCUUCUUCAGCGUCGAGGUGGUUUAGCUGCAGCGGCUGCAGCUGCUCUCUCCGGCUCCUCCUCUUCGUCCUCUCUGGCGCGACGGUGCUGUUCGGCCGUGAGGGGAUACAGCUCUGAGGCGGCGAAAGGGGGGGAGGAGGAGGAGCUGCGAGUCCGGUACUUGGACGACGAACACAAAGGAAUUGUAGUACUUGGAAUAAAUAGAGCACAUACAAGAAAUGCACUUAAUAAAAAUGUUAUUAAAACGCUAUCAAAAGUUCUGGAAGCUUUGAAAAGUGACAAAAAAGUACGGACAGUUAUAUUCCGAAGUGAAGUUCCUGGGGUAUUUUGUGCUGGUGCUGACCUUAAAGAACGAGCUAAAAUGCAUUCUAGUGAAGUAAGCUCUUUUGUUUCCAGAGCAAGAGCAACUAUUAAUGAUAUAGCUAAUCUUCCAGUGCCAACUAUUGCUGCCAUAGAUGGCAUUGCACUAGGUGGUGGCCUAGAAUUGGCUUUAGCCUGUGACAUUAGAGUGGCAGUGACUUCUGCAAAAAUGGGUCUAGUUGAAACAAAGUUAGCAAUCAUUCCUGGAGCAGGGGGGACACAAAGACUACCUCGUACAAUUGGAGUGUCCCUAGCCAAAGAACUAAUCUUUUCUGCUCGUGUUGUUGAUGGUAAUGAAGCAAAAUCAAUAGGCUUGAUCAGUCAUGUGGUUGAACAGAACGAAGGAGGGGAUGCUGCCUACAGAAGGGCUUUAACCCUUGCAAGAGAAUUUUUACCUCAGGGACCCGUAGCAAUGAGAGUUGCAAAAUUGGCCAUCAAUCAAGGAAUGGAAGUGGAUAUGUUAACAGGUUUAGCAAUUGAAGAAGCUUGUUAUGCUCAGACUAUUCCAACAAAAGACAGAAUCGAAGGUCUGCUUGCUUUUAAAGAAAAAAGACCCCCUCGCUACAAAGGAGAAUAGGCAAAAAAGAGGACUUUAAAAUGUGAAUGAAAUAAACAUACUACUGGAAGGUCUUUUUAGUUCUCCUUUGCCUCAGAGCCUGGGAUAUCCAUUAAAGGAAAAACAACCACAUACUUUGAAAUCUAUAAUGUAAUCAAAUGUAUAUUCAGUCUUAAUCUUUAUGGUUUAGAAGGCUUCUCUGUGCUUGGAAAGUCAUUGGGCCAUAUACCAUUUAUAUUCCAUGCGUAUGAAAUGCAUUCUAUGUAAUUAAAUACACAAAAUAUAGACAAAGCUAUAACAUCAAAAUUGUACAUACUAUUGAACAGAACAAUUUAAUUCUGCAUACUAAAACUGAAAAUAAUU